CUUCAAAAGCUACCCUCAAUCUCCUUUCACUGACCUCUUCAAAGAUGGUUGUCCGCUCUUUGUUGGCUUUAUUCACGCUGGUCGUCCUAAUAUCUGUCUCUUUGGCCUCUGAAAGCGCAUGGAAUGGCCACACCACCCCCGGUUCGACGAACCCCACCAGAUUCUCUCCUUACUAUGUCGCACCCGGCACCAAAAGCUACGAUUCGAACUCUCCCCUGGUACACUACUCCUCACACUGGAAAGAAAUUUUCUCGUCUGCAUACAUCCACAAGUCCGUUCGAUCAACUUCGCACAAGGGGGCGUACAUGACCUUCCGUUUCACGGGCACUGGCGUCGAGUGGUUCGGUAACACUGGCGGCAGACACGGUAUUGCAAAGGUCUACCUGGAUGGCAAGCUGAUGGAACGCGUUAAUACUUGGAGCUCGACGACUAGACGGCAACAACGCCUGUACUGGAACUUCAGCCUACCUUACGGAAAGCAUACUAUAAAAAUCGUCAACACUGGUCAGAAACAGAACCACUCAAAAGGUACCAAGGUCGACGUGGAUGCUAUCGUUGUUACUCUCGGAUCAAAUCCUACACCCUCAAAUCCUCCCCAGAACAACUACGUGCCAGUUCUCCAGAAUGUCGCAGCGUCUCCGCAGAACGGUUUCCCCUCCGUCAACUUGGACACUUCUAGCCCAUCGGAACAGUGGACACUCAUGCAGAAGGGGAACACCGGUGUUCAUGCUAUGCAGCUCGCCGUUAUCUCAGACUCGCACGCUAUCAUCGUCGACAAAGUCGAGCACAACCCUCUAACUGUCGACGGGCAUCCUGCCUGGGCAGCGCUUUACAACCUUAACACGCACGCAGUGAGACCCCUACGCAUGCAGUCUAAUUCUUUCUGUGCGGGUGGGACCUUCCUCUCCAACGGGACCCUUAUCAACGUUGGUGGCAAUCCAGUCGUGGAAGACCACACGUCUGCUGCUGACUUUGGCGACGUCGACGGCCUACAAGCUGUCCGCAUCUUCGAGCCCUGCAACUCUGAUAAUAUCGACGACUGCGAGAUGUUCGAGGACCACAGCCGCGUACGGAUGGCUAGCCCUCGAUGGUACAACACUGUUCUGCGCAUCUCAGACGGCUCCGCUAUGAUCAUCGGUGGGUCGCUCAAGGGCGGAUGGAUCAACAACGCAACGACCAACAACCCUACAGUCGAAUAUUAUCCUCCCAAAGACAUUAGCGGCUCUAAUGGCAUGCCCGUGAAGCUCCAGUUCCUUGUCGACACGCUGAACUCGAACCUCUUUCCUAUUGCAUUCUCGCUCCCAGACGGAAAAGUUUUCAUUGCAGCUAACCAAGACGCCAUGAUCUACGACUGGCAGAGCAAUACCGAGCGCAGACUUCCACAGAUUCCUAACGGCGUGCGGGUCACCUAUCCAAUGACAGGCACCGGCUUGUUACUCCCUCUGACGCCAGAGAAUAACUAUACCCCGGAAAUUCUUCUCUGUGGUGGCUCAACUGUCGACGACACGAAGCCAGGCUACGAGAUUUCCUCGCAGGAUCCCGCCUCGGCGCAAUGCUCCCGUAUGGUCCUUACUGAGGAUGGCAUCGCCGCAGGUUGGCAGGUCGAGCAGAUGCCCCAGGCGCGCACCAUGCCCGACGCGGUAAUCUUGCCGACGGGCAAAAUUCUCAUUGUCAACGGCGCCGCAACUGGUAUCUCGGGCUAUGGCAACGUCAUCAAUCAAGUCGGUGCAUCGAACGCGGACAACCCCGUUUUCACGCCCGUGCUGUACGACCCCGCGGCACCUGCGGGGACGCGUUUCUCGUCUGCAGGACUCCCUACUAGCGACAUACCACGGUUAUAUCAUUCCAUUGCGACUGUGGUACCGUCCGGGAGCGUCAUGAUUGCGGGCAGUAAUCCGAACCUGGAUAGGAGUGAGAUCAAGUACGGGACCGAGUACCGCGUGGAGUGGCUUGACCCGCCGUACAUGGCCAUGGACCGCCCCACGCUGGACAAUGUUCCAGAGAAGAUCGGCUUCGAGCAGACCGUGCAGUUCAACGUGAAGCUGCCGUCUACAGCGUCUGGGAACGUGAAAGUCAUCCUCAUGGACUUCGGAUACGUGACGCAUGCCGUACAUGCCAACUCUCGUUACGUGGAACUUGCGUCCUCCAUCGAUGGCGGCCUUGUCACCGUCGACGGCCCCACGAACGGUAAAAUCUACCCACCAGGCCCUGGCUGGCUCUUCGUGGUAGUGAGUGAUAUCCCCAGCAAAGCAGUCAAAGUCAUGGUUGGCGACGGACGCGGUCCGGAGGUGAAUGAAGCUGCGAUAGCGAAGUAAGCUGCCCAUCCUGAUAGUUAUAGGACCCAGCCGAUACUGUACUGACAAGCUUUCCUCUGAAGCGUGCUGGCGAAGACCAAUGCAGACCAAUAUGACGAGGAAAAAAAGGAAAAGAAGUUUAAUGACGACUCUGAAUAGACGGCCUCCUGGAGCGAUCUUUCUCUAUAGCAUUUUCUAGUUGCAUGUUACCUUGUCUCGUCCUGUAAUGUUUUCUGAGCACAUAUGUCGCGAUUAUGAACCAUUAAUAAAAUCAUCCGUAAUAAGCGAAUCGGCAAAUAAAUGGCCUAGCGAAUAUGCAGGGUAGAGGAAGACAAGACCCGUUCUACAGCCUUAGUGAAUUGUGUACUUGCCGUAGCUCUUCUCGGGAUCAUAUACCUAGACCGUGCACGUU